CUAUAAUAAUAAUAAUGUAUUUAUAUAUUUUGUAUGUAUUUCUAUAGGAAUAUUUCAGUGCCAAAAGAGAAACGUCUAGUUUUACGGAAUAUAAUUAGGAAAAAGUAUGAGAAAUUGGGUCCAAUCACGUUUCACGAGUUUGCAGUAUUGGCCGUAUUUGUUGUCAUGAUUUUGUUGUACUUCUUUCACGACCCGCAGUUCAUGACCGGAUGGUCCCGACUAUUGUCCAUAAACAACAUCAAACCAAAACCGGCCGGAGCCGCCAUAUUCUGCACUCUAUUACUAUUCAUAAUACCGUCCCAUCCGUUGGGUCCGUACCCUUCGGGCGCUUUACUGGACUGGAAAACAGUGCAAACAAAGCUGGAAUGGGGUGUCAUUAUACUCAGAGGCGGCGGCUUCUCAAUGGCCGAUGCGGUCACUUCUUCGGGACUUUCGAGAUUAAUUGGCCAACAAUUAGCACUCGUGGGCUCAUUACCCACGGGUGCGCUCAUUGUGUUGCUAUCCGUGACCUCAACACUACUGAUAGAAGUGAUGCGAACGUCAGCCACGGCCACAAUCCUGAUCCCAGUGGCCGCGCAAUUGGGCGAAGAUCUGGGCAUAAAUCCAUUAAUAUUGAUCAUCACAAUCACCACAUCCUGUGCCUAUGCAUACAUACUGCCGGUCGGCACCACUGCCAACGCCAUUGUCUACUAUCACGCAAAUCUCAACAUAUCUGAUAUGGUAUUUAUGAUAUCUUAUUCAUUAUAA